CUACUGCGAACAGCAGAAGAUGUAGCAAAGAUGCAGGAAGAGCUAGAAUCAGCACGUCCCCUUCUGGCAGAGGCAGCCAAAGACACACUGGCAACCAUGGAACAAAUAAAGGUGGACACGGCCGUGGCGGAGGAGACUCGAAAUGCUGUGCAGGCCGAAGAGAUGAAAGCCAAAGUGAAAGCUCAGACAGCCCAGGCCAUUGCAGACGAUGCCCAGAAGGACCUGGCAGAAGCUCUCCCUGCACUGGACGCUGCUCUAGCCAGCCUAAGAAACCUUAACAAAAAUGAUGUCACGGAGGUGCGAGCUAUGCAGAGACCUCCCCUUGGGGUGAAGAUGGUGAUUGAAGCUGUCUGUAUUAUGAAAGGAAUCAAGCCCAAGAAAGUGGCUGGAGACAAGCCAGGCUCUAAGGUGGAUGACUACUGGGAGCCGGGCAAGGGCCUUCUUCAGGACCCAGGGAAGUUCCUGGAAAGCCUGUUUAAAUUUGAUAAGGACAACAUUGCAGAUUCAGUAAUUAAAGCCAUCCAGCCGUAUAUUGACAACGAGGAGUUUCAACCAGCAGCCAUAGCCAAAGUGUCCAAAGCCUGCACCUCCAUCUGCCAGUGGGUGCGUGCCAUGCACAAAUACCACUUUGUGGCCAAAGGAGUGGAACCAAAGCGGCAAGCCUUGCGGGAGGCAGAAGAGGACCUGCAGGUCACUCAGAAGAUCCUUGAUGAAGCCAAGGACCGCCUGAGAGAAGUGGAGGAUGGCAUUGCCACCCUGCAGGCCAAGUACAGGAGCUGCAUCGCCAAGAAGGAGGAACUGGAGAUGAAGUGUGAGCUGUGUGAGCAGAGGCUGGGCCGGGCUGACAAGUUAAUUAAUGGCCUGGCAGAUGAGAAGGUGCGCUGGCAGGACACAGUCCAGAACCUGGAUUAUAUGAUCAACAAUAUCGCAGGAGAUGUGCUGAUUUCAGCUGGCUUCGUGGCAUACCUGGGCCCUUUCACAGGCCAAUACCGCACAGCACUAUGUGAAGACUGGCUAAAGAAACUGGAGGAACACGAUGUCCCGCACACCAGGGAGCCAAACUUGAUAAGCACUCUGGGAGACCCAGUGAAAAUCAGAUCAUGGCAGAUUGCCGGCUUGCCUAAUGACACCCUGUCUGUGGAGAAUGGAGUAAUAACACAGUUUUCACAGCGCUGGACUCACUUCAUAGACCCCCAGGGACAAGCCAACAAAUGGAUCAAGAACUUGGAGAAGGAGAACGGUUUGGAGGUGGCUAAGCUGAGCGACCGGGACUUUCUGCGCAGCUUGGAGAACUCCAUUCGCUUCGGAAAGCCGUUCCUGCUGGAGAACGUAGGGGAGGAACUGGAUCCGGCUCUCGAGCCCGUCUUGCUGAAACAGACUUAUAAACAGCAAGGCAGCACAGUAUUGAAGCUGGGCGAUACGGUUAUUCCAUACCAUGAGGACUUCAAGAUGUACAUUACCACCAAUCUGCCCAAUCCCCACUACACGCCAGAGAUCUCCACCAAGCUCACGCUGAUUAACUUCACCCUCUCGCCCAGUGGCUUGGAAGACCAGUUGCUGGGACAAGUGGUAGCUGAGGAGCGACCGGACUUAGAAGAGGCCAAGAACCAGCUGAUCAUUAGCAACGCCAAGAUGCGACAAGAGCUGAAGGAGAUAGAGGAUCAGAUCCUCUACCGGCUAAGCUCCUCCGAGGGAAAUCCUGUCGAUGACUUGGAGCUCAUCAAAGUGCUGGAGGCAUCCAAGCUAAAAGCAGGGGAAAUCCAGGCCAAAGUGAAGAUAGCCGAGCAGACAGAAAAAGACAUCGACAUCACUCGUCUGGAGUACGUGCCUGUAGCUGUCCGCACUCAGAUCCUUUACUUCUGCGUCUCUGACCUGUCCAACGUUGACCCCAUGUAUCAGUAUUCGCUCGAGUGGUUCCUUAACAUCUUCUUGUCCGGAAUCACAAACUCCGAGAGAGCAGACACCCUGAAGAAGCGGAUAGUGAACAUAAACAAUUACCUCACCUUCAGUCUCUACAGCAAUGUGUGCCGCAGUCUCUUUGAGAAGCACAAGCUCAUGUUUGCCUUUCUGCUGUGUGUCCGGAUCAUGAUGAAUGAAGGGAAAAUCAACAUGGACGAAUGGCGUUACCUCCUGUCUGGAGGUGCCAUUAAAACGAUGAGAGAGAACCCAGCUCCUGAGUGGCUGUAUGAGAGAGCGUGGGGUGACAUCUUGGCCUUAACCAACCUGAAGAAUUUCUCCAGCUUUGCGGAUGAUUUUAUUGACAAUAUCCAGGAGUUCCGUGCAAUUUUUGACAGUGCUGAGCCGCACAGAGAGCCCAUGCCAGGGAAGUGGGACAGCACGUUGGACUCCUUCCAGAAGCUGCUGCCCCUACGCUGCCUGCGAGGGGAUAAGGUCACCAACGCCAUGCAGGAUUUUGUGGCCAUGAAUCUGGACCAGCGCUUUAUCGAACCACAGACUUCAGACCUCACUGCAGUGUUCAAAGAGUCCACCUCUACUACGCCUUUGAUAUUCGUGCUCUCACCUGGGACAGACCCAGCUGCUGAUCUCUACAAAUUUGCUGAAGAAACGAAGUUCUCCAAGAAGCUGUCGGCUAUUUCCCUGGGCCAGGGUCAGGGUCCCCGAGCCGAGGCUAUGAUGCGAAGUGCUAUGGAACGUGGGAAGUGGGUCUUCUUCCAGAACUGCCACUUAGCCCCAAGCUGGAUGCCUUCGCUGGAGAGACUCAUAGAGAGCAUCAAUCCUGACAAGGUGCACCGUGACUUUCGCCUUUGGCUCACCAGUUUACCCAGUAACCAGUUCCCAGUGUCCAUCCUCCAGAAUGGCUCCAAGAUGACCAUUGAGCCCCCCCGAGGGGUCAAGGCCAAUCUGCUGAAGUCCUAUAUUAGCCUGAGUGAUGACUUCCUGAACUCCUGCUCCAAGAUCUCCGAGUUUAAGGCCUUGCUGCUGUCACUUUGCCUGUUCCAUGGUAAUGCCCUGGAGCGGCGGAAGUUUGGGCCACUGGGGUUCAAUAUCCCAUACGAGUUCACGGAUGGAGACCUCCGCAUUUGCAUCAGCCAGCUAAAGAUGUUCUUGGAUGAAUAUGCAGACAUCCCGUACAAGGUGGGAAUGGAGAGCUGGUCUGCCUUACCUCUGAAUGGGCGCUGGAGAGAUGAUUGGGACAGGCGAUGCAUCAUGAAUAUAUUAGAAGAUUUCUACAAGCCAGAAGUUCUAACUGAGGAUUUUGCUUAUUCCGAGUCAGGGAUCUACAGACAGAUCAGCACCACAUAUGAUCUUAAUGGAUACAUCCAAUACAUCAAGAGUCUGCCACUCAAUGACAACCCGGAGAUAUUCAGCUUACAUGACAAUGCCAACAUCACCUUUGCUCAGAACGAGACCUUUGCCCUGCUCGGGGCCAUCAUUCAGCUGCAGCCAAAGACGUCCACCUCAGGAGGCCGCGGCAGGGAGGAGCUUGUAGAGGAGACAUCAAAGGACAUCUUGAAGAAGGUCCCUGACCCCAUUAACUUGCAGGAGGUGAUGCUGAAAUACCCGGUGCUGUACGAGGAGUCCAUGAACACAGUGCUGGUGCAGGAGGUGAUCAGGUACAAUCGGCUGCUGGAAGUAAUUGCACAGACACUGCAGGAUUUGCUGAAAGCUCUCAAGGGCCUGGUGGUGAUGUCGUCCCAGUUGGAGCUCAUGGCCAACAGCCUGUUCAACAAUAUCGUUCCAGAGCUCUGGAAUGCCAAGGCGUACCCAUCCCUGAAGCCCUUGGCCUCCUGGGUUAAUGACCUGCUGCAGCGGAUUGACUUCCUGCAACGAUGGAUCACUAAGGGGAUCCCGCCUGUGUUCUGGAUCAGUGGCUUCUUCUUCCCCCAAGCCUUUCUCACAGGGACGCUGCAGAACUUUGCCAGGAAAUCAAUCGUCUCCAUCGAUACCAUUGCGUUUGACUUUCAG